AUGGCAAGGCCUCCGACCAUUGCGCAGAUUCUAUCAAGUAAAAACGCAUCUGAGAAUCCAGUAACGGCUACCAAUAAUGGUCUGAAAAAACCGAAAUUUCUUUCAAAAGCUGAGCGAAUUAACUUGGUGAGAUCCUUGCACAACCGUGAUAGCCCACAUUUGGUCGUUGAGAACAGUGCUAAACGCGAACGAGAGGAAGAUGAUACGUCAGACGUAAUUAAUGAAGCUGACGAUCAAAAAAGUACUAUGUUUUCUAAGGCAGACAGGAUACAGAAAAAAAGGUCCCAGUUUCAAUUCGAGUGGCAGGAGGCAGAUGACACUAUGUCUGAUUACAGACCAAUUGUAGAAACCAAAGCAGCAGCAUUGCUGAGUAUGAAUGGAAGGGCGGAUUCCCUAGCAGAUUCCUACAUGGGUAGACAUUGGAGCAAAAAAAAAUUGCACGAGAUGAAUGAGAGGGAUUGGAGAAUAUUUAGCGAAGAUUUUGCCAUUCAGACCAAGGGUGGAGAUAUUGCAAAGCCUAUGCGAAAUUGGGAGGAAUUGAAUUUAAUUCCAAAAGAUAUUCUAGAUAUUAUAACAAAAGACUUGAGGUACAAACAGCCGACAUCUAUCCAACGAGUCACGAUACCCAAUGUAUGUACGAGAAGAAACAGAGACUUUUUGGGUGUGGCAUCCACCGGUUCUGGUAAAACGCUGGCGUUUAUUGUACCCAUAUUGAUUAAAAUAACUAAGUCGCAGCCGAGGCCCAUUUCACUGAAGAAUGUAGAAGGACCUAAAGCACUAAUAUUGGCCCCCACAAGAGAAUUGGCUCAGCAAAUUCAAAAAGAAGCCCAAAAACUUACAUCUCUGUUGAAUAUGAAAAAUACAUCUUUCUCCUGUACAGUUAUUUCCAUUGUCGGCGGACAUGCGCUGGGGGAGAUAGCACAUCAGCUCUCUCAAGGGUGCGAUAUUAUUGUUGCUACACCUGGCCGUUUGAUAGAUUGUUUUGAAAAUCACUUGUUUUCGACAGAUGAAAUUGAAACCCUGGUGGUGGACGAAGCUGAUAAAAUGAUCGAUAUGGGGUUUGAGGAACAAUUCACCACUAUAUUAUCAAGAUUAAAUACAUCGCGGGAGUUUAAAGCAAGACAAACGCUGAUGUUUACUGCAACCAUGUCCCCCACCAUUGAAAAGAUUGCCAACGGAUAUUUAAGUAAACCAGCAUACGCAACAAUAGGCGGCGGUGAAGAAUCAAUACCGCAGAUCCAACAAAUUGUACAGUAUGUCUCUUCUGAAGAUCAAAGGUUUGAAAAAAUCAAGAGACUUCUGAAUUCAAACGAGGCGCCCAUAAUUAUAUUUAUCACUUAUAAAAAAACAGCCGAUUGGUUGGCUCAAAAGUUUUUUGAGGAGACCUCUUUCAAAGUAACUAUUCUUCAUGGCUCAAAAUCGCAAGAGCAAAGAGAGCAUUCUCUGCAACAACUUAGAAAUGGUAAGUGCCAGAUUAUGGUUGCGACAAAUGUUGCCGCUAGAGGUUUAGAUAUCCCAAACGUGUCUCUAGUUGUGAAUUUUCAAAUAUCAAAAUCUUUAGAUGAUUACGUUCAUAGAAUUGGUAGAACAGGACGUGCAGGAAAAAAGGGAACGGCAGUUACAUUUUUGGGAGAUGAUGAAAAUAUUGACAUUGUAAGAGAACUCUACAAAUAUGUUGAAGUCAAUAAUCCAGUGAAGACAAAUAGUUUUGACAAGUCGCUAAAAACCAGGUACAACCUCGGAAAUAACAACUUGGAUGAAAUUAUAUAUUAA